UUCUGGUUUUGUUCCUCUCUCGACUCUGUUUUAUUUCCUGAUCUUUGAACUGUGACUCUGGAACAGAUUUGUUUGUUCUGAUUCUUGUUGUGUGUCUCACUCAGUGCUGCUGGUUUAACUCUCAGACUGAGUGAUGAAGAUGAGUGAUUUGUGUGAUAGUUUUCCAACACAAAUGAAGAGUUUAAAGUGUCAGGGAUCGACUGUAGACAUCGUAGACAUUUGAAUUUGUUAGCAGUGAGGUCAAAUAAAAUGAAUCAGGAAGCACAAGAUUCAUGAGUAAAGUUAGUAAAUGUAGUAAAUAGAAGCAAUGAAAGUCGUCAUGUUAUGCUUAAAUGAAUCCUGCAUUGGGAUGAGGUGGAGCAUCAGCACAGGAAGAACUAUGAGAACAGGGAGGAAACACUCCAGCUGUCGGCUAGUUCAGACUCAGUCGGAGGAAGAAACCUGGUUGUGGAAGCAGACUGACUGAAGUCCACAAGAUGAGUGAUUGUGAGGAGGAGGAGGAGUUUCCAGCCUCCAGCCGUCUGUCCAUGAAGAGUGACUGGUCCAGAGAUGAACCUCUAAACUUCAGUAAAGAACCUCAACCCUCAGACACAAAACUGACUGAAGUCCACAAGAUGAGUGAUUGUGAGGAGGAGGAGGAGUUUCCAGCCUCCAGCCGUCUGUCCCUGAAGAGUGACUGGUCCAGAGAUGAACCUCUAAACUUCAGUAAAGAACCUCAACCCUCAGACACAAAAGUGAUGAAGAGGAGGGGAGUUUCUGUGGAGGAGCAGCCGUCCUGCUGUGAUCGGUGUCAGGACAUCCUGAAGGAUCCAGUCUCUACCAGCUGUGGACACUGGUUCUGCAGACAGUGCAUCAGCUCAUACUGGGACCAGUCUGCUCCAUCAGGACACUCCUCCUGUCCCCAGUGUGGAGAAAGAUCCAGAACCAGAGGUGGACUGCAGACAGCCAGUCAGAGCAGCUGUGGACAAAAUGUUGGUCUGCAGGAGGUUCUGCAGGAACAUAAGAUGAAUCUGACGAGGAGAUGUGAACGUGUGACUGAAGGAAGUGAUGAACCAGGAGGUGGAACCCUCCUCAACAGGAUCUACACUGAGCUCUACAUCACAGAGGGACACAGUGGAGAGGCUGAUAGCCAACAUGAGGUGGGGCAGCUGGAGACAGCUUCCAAGAAGAGCCUCCAUGACACUCCUAUCAGGUGCCAGGACAUCUUUAAAGCCUUACCUGAGCAGCAGAGAGCCAUCAGAGUGGUCCUGACCAACGGCGUGGCUGGCGUGGGAAAAACCUUCUCAGUGCUCAAGUUCACUCUGGACUGGGCAGAGGGCCGAGAAAACCAAGACGUCAGUGUGGUGGUUGUGCUUCCGUUCAGGGAGCUAAACUUGAUCAGAGAUGAGCAGCACAGUCUUCUCACGCUGCUCCAUGUUUUCCAUCCAACAUUACAGAAGGUGACGGCAGAGCAGCUGGAUGACUGUAAACUUUUGUUCAUCUUUGACGGUCUGGAUGAAAGCAGACUUUCACUGGAUUUCACCAACAGGAAGGUUGUGUCUGACAUCAGCCAGAAGUCCUCGCUGGACGUUCUGCUGGUGAACCUCAUGGAGGGGAAUCUGCUUCCCUCGGCUCUGGUCUGGAUCACUUCCCGCCCUGCGGCAGUCAAUGAGAUCCCUCCUACACUUGUGGACAGGCUAACAGAAGUACGAGGCUUCACCGACAACCAAAAGGAGGAGUACUUCAGGAGGAGGUUGAGUGAUGAAGAGCGCUCCAGCACAAUCAUCUCCCACAUGAAGACAUCCAGGAACCUCCACAUCAUGUGUCGACUCCCAGUGUUCUGCUGGAUCACUGCUGCAGUUCUGGAGCACAUGUUGACCACAGAGCAGAGAGGAGAGCUGCCCAAGAGCAUGACUGAGAUGUUCUCACACUUCCUGCUGGUUCAGACACAGAGGAAGAAGAACAAGUACCAUGAGGGACCUGAGACAAGUCCACAGGAGCUGACGAAGGCUGACAGGGAAGUUCUUCUGAAGCUGGGGAGGCUGGCCUUUGAACAUCUGGAGAAAGGAAACAUCAUGUUCUACCAAGAAGACUUGGAGCAGUGUGGUCUGGAUGUGACAGAGACCUCGGUGUUGUCAGGAUUUUGUACCCAGAUCUUCAGAAGAGAGUGUGAGAUGUUCCAGAAACCAGUCUACUGCUUUGUUCAUCUGAGCAUUCAGGAGUAUCUGGCUGCAGUCUACAUGCUCCACUGUCACACCAACAGGAAGACUGAGGUGAUGGAGAAGUUCCUUGGCGAAGAGCGGAAAGAUCUUUAUGAUGAGGAGGAGAAGGAGGGGGAGAAAAAGAAGAAGACGACAAAGAAAAAGAUGAAGAAAAAGAGGAAGAAGAAGAAGAAGAAGAAGAAAGAGAAGAAGAAGAAGGAGAAGAAGAAGAGGAAGAUGAAGAAGAAGAAGGGGGAAGAGGAAGAGGAGGAGGAAGGGGAGGAGGAGGAGGAUGAGGAGGAGGAUGAGGAGGAGGAGGAGGAGGGGGACGAGGAGGAGGAGGAGGAGGAGGAGGAAGAGAACACAGGCAUCUCAUCCCUGGAUGCUUUCCUGGACAGAGUCAUGGAGAAAUCCCUCAGAAGUAAAAAUGGUCACCUGGACCUGUUUGUUCGUUUCCUUCAUGGCCUCUGUCUGGAGUCCAACCAGAGACUCUUAGGAGGUCUGCUGGGUCGGACAAAGAACCGUCCAGAAAUGAUCCAGAGAGUCAUCAACAACCUGAAGGAGAUGAAGAGUGAUGAAAUGUGUCCAGACAGAAGCAUCAACAUCUUCCACUGUCUGAUGGAGAUGAAGGAUCUCUCAGUACAUCAGGAAAUCCAAGAGUUCCUGCAGUCAGAGAACAGAUCAGAGAAGGAACUCUCUGACAUCCACUGCUCAGCUCUAGCCUACAUGCUACAGAUGUCAGAGGAGGUUCUGGAUGAGCUGGACCUAAAGAAGUACAACGCAUCAGAGGAGGGAAAACUGAGACUGAUUCCAGCUGUGAGGAACUGCAAAAAGGCUGGACUUUCUCACUGUGAUCUCUCAGAGAGUGAAUGUGAAGUCGUGGCUUCGGCUUUGAAGUCCAACCCCUCCCAUCUGACAGAACUAGACCUGAGUAUAAGCCACCUGGAGUUUUCAGGAGGAGUGAAGUAUCUUUGUGAUGGACUGCAGAGUCCAAACUGUAAACUGGAGACUCUCAGAUUGGAAGCCUGCUGUUUGUCAGAGAUCAGCUGUGAUUCUCUGAUCUCGGCUCUGAAGUCCAACCCUUCCCAUCUGGAACAUCUGAAAUAUCUGGACCUAAGCUGGAACGACCUGCACGAUUCAGGGGUGAAACAUCUGAGUGGUUUUCUGGAGAGUCCAGACUGCAUCCUGAAGACUCUGAGAUUGGAGUACUGCAGGUUGUCAGAGAUCAGCUGUGAUUCUCUGGUGUCAGCUCUGAAGUCCAACCCCUCCCAUCUGGAACAUCUGGACCUGAGCAUAAACAACCUAAGGGAUUUAGGAGUGAAACGUCUGAGUGGUUUUCUGGAGAGUCCAGACUGCAUCCUGAGAACUCUGGGAUUGAAGGAAUGCAGUUUGUCACAGACCAGCUGUGAUUCUCUGGUCUCAGCUCUGAAGUUCAACCCCUCACACCUGGAACAUCUGGACCUGAGCAGGAACGAAGAGCUGAAGGAUUCAGGAGUGAAACAUCUGAGUGGUUUUCUGGAGAGUCCAGACUGCAUCCUGAAGACUCUGGGAUUGGUGGAAUGCAGUUUGUCAGAGAUCAGCUGUGAUUUUCUGGUCUCAGCUCUGAGGUCCAACCCCUUCCAUCUGGAACAUCUGGACCUGAGCUGGAACAACCUGCAGGAUUCAUCAGUGGAACACCUGAUAGAUCUUGUUUGGAGUCCAGACUGCAUCCUGAAUACUCUGAGCUGGGGGCCCUGAUGAGGACAGUGUUUGUAUUCUGAGGAUGAAGUGUGUCCUGAUGAUCCAGAGGUUGUAGCAGCAGCUGGUGUGCAGAGACUCUGAUUGGGCCAUGUUACUGGGAGGUGGACUGGCAACCAGUGUAAAAUGUGUUGUUAACACUGUAGAGUUUAGUGUUGCAGCUCCACACUGAAUGAUGGAGAAGUGCAGUUAAUGUUGACAUGAUCCAUUGGAGGUUGAUGUCAGGUUGCAGAGUGUGCAGUUAGUUUCAGGAUGUUUGUGUCAGUGCAGGAUUAUAUUUCAUUAUGCUUACCAAUAUCCCCAAAAGAGGAAAAACUCUCAGCUUAUUAAUAGUAUUAAUGGGAUGCUGCUGUGUUAACUUGCUGAUGUCUUCCGGUUCGCCUACAAGGAAAAGGUGGAGGUGGAGAACACCAUCUUGUACCUGCUGCACAAGGAUCACUCUCACCUGGACAGAGGGAGUGGCGGGAAUAAAAAUGUGUUUUAAGAUGAGUCUUAAAAAUGAAUAGUAAAGGCUCCUGUCCAAAGUGCAAAGGGAAUUUAUUCCACAACAUUGGGGCAACCACAGAGAAGGCUCUGUCGGCUCUGAGCUUCCACUUAGAUUUAGGUGUGUACAGGAGCAGCUGAUCAGCUGACCUGAGAGACCGAGCAGGAGUAUAGCAGUAAAGCAGCUCAGCGAGGUACAGCAGGGCAAGACCAUUUAAGGAUUUAAACACAAAAUAAUUUUAAAAUGGACUCUAAAGUGCACAGGCAGCCAGUGGAGAGAGGCCAGAAGAGGUGUGAUGUGUUCUCUUCUCCAUGCUCCAGUUAGAAGGCGUGCAGCUGCAUUUUGAACCAGCUCGAGACGUGAGAGAGACGACUGGCUAACUCCAACAUAAAGAGCAUUACAAUAGUCCAGCUGAAACGAAAUAAAGGCAUGGACUACCGUCUCAAGGUGCUGCCUAGAAAGGAUAGAUUUCACUUUUGCCAACCGCCUUAAAUGAAAAAAGCUGGACUUCACUACUGACCGAAUAUGACUGUCCAGUUUAAAAUCCCUGUCCAACAUAAAACCAAGAGUUGUAUCUGUGGGCUUAACAUACGUUGCCAAAGGGCCCAAGUCACCACAGAAGGAUUCACAGGAUACACUGGGCCCAAACACCAUCACUUCUGUUUUCUUUUCAUUAAAAUGUAAGAAAUUCAAAGCCAUCCAAGCUUUGAUGUCAUCAAGACACGGCAUGAGUGGUUUGAUGGAGAAGCCAUUCCUCCACUUUAAAGGAACAUAUAUCUGACUGUCAUCAGCGUAACAGUGGAAGGAGAUACCGUGCUUUCUAAGAAUGGAUCCCAGAGGAAGUAAGUAUAAUGAAAACAGCAAGGGUCCUAAAAUUGAGCCCUGUGGGAC